UGAUGGUAGAUGUUACUAUAUCUCUAAAAAGUGAUCACAAGAUGAUUAGAUUAUACUUUUGGAUUACUUUAUUUAUCUUUGGUAUUUUCGCACAAGAUACCUAUCGAAAUGUUGCACCGACGCUUCGAGAAUGUUAUGAAAAUAGAUAUCUUUUAGAGAAAGAUAAUAGAUUACCCCAUACGUUAAAUACAUUAAUUGCAAUUCUUGAAAAAAUCGAAAAAUCAAAAAACUUGAAUAUAGACUUACGCAACCUGGCCGUUGGAAUUAUGCAUAGAUUCCGCCAAGAUGGAAUAGAAAAGAAUCCAACCGUCCUAGAGCAAUCUGGUGUAUUACCAUAUAGAACAGCUGGACAAGCUCAAAAAUAUGCGCAAAUACUUAACUUUAUACCGCAAAAAUCGAUCGCAUUUCCUUACGAUAUAAUCAGUGAUAUUGAAAGAUGUACUCUUCAUUUCAUGCUAUCCAGCAGUAUCGAAAUCUUUGAAAGAGGUGACGAAGGGACAGUAUGUAGGUAUGCUGACAAUGCGUAUAGAUAUGCGAGAAGUGUAGACAAUAAUUAUUCUGUUAAUACAAACUUCAAUAUUCCCGAUGAAGUAGAGACUUUAACACCUGAACAAAUUGAUGUUAUUACAAAUCACAAAAAUGGGAUUACAGAAGAUACAAUUGAUCCAAAUGCGUUUUAUCCGGAAUUACCUCCGAAUCAUCCGAAAAGCGCUCGGAUUCUCGCAUUCCCGCCGAGAAGCAGAUGUCCUGUAGAAAAUGGUGUUAUAAAAACUAACUGGGGUCCAGUUUCUGCUGGGUCAUUAAUCGCUGGCAUAGCUGCUGGAUUACAACCAGAAAUAGUGAAACUAUCAGACGUAUUUCCUAAUGAAUCACCAGAGAGAAGAGAAAAUCUAUCAAGAUUUUCAUUGGAUAAUAAAUGGAUUGCAACUUUGGCUGGUGACUUGGCAGAAGUUAUCUUAAUACAAGGACCUACAAACGAGAAACUUAGUGUGGGUGUAAAUGGAAAUUGGAAUUCAUCAUUUGUGCCUCGUUGGUAUUUUCUCAAUUCUAAUGAAAAAUUGCAAUUUACGACAGCGGAAAUCAGAGGCGAUCUCGAUGGAUUAAUUCUUGCUAACGAAAUUGAAUCUUUAUAUUCGAAAAUACCUACUUUAAAACUGUCGCAGAUUUUACAUAUGUAUUAUAGUCCCCGUGGCUUGCUCAAUCCAUCAAUUAGAGCAUGUAAUCGAAAAAUGUUAUUUAAAACACUUACAGGAAAUUCGACAUUACAGGCAUACAGUGCUUCGUUAGUUUUAGAGGAAUAUUUACAUAAAGCUACGAUAGACGAUAAUGUAAUCGAAAGAUUUGCAAUGCAAGCGGUAAAUGAAUUAUCUCAAUAUAUUGAUUCUUCAAUGAAUAAAGAUCUAUCCUGCGAAGAUACAGAAAAAGAAAAGUUCAAUAAUGUUCAAGUCGCUAUUGAUCUAACAAUUAUUCUUGAUACAACGUGGCCUUUUGAUUUGAUACAACCAACCAUCGCAAAUAUAUUGGAUAAAAUAGAAAUAAAUCAAUACAAUAGUCAAUUUACAAUUAUUAAUGGUUAUGACAGUAAUAUCAUAAUCAAUACUACCAAUAAUAUUUUAGAUUUUGGCUAUUAUAAUAUAACAAAUUAUAGGAAUGUUAGUAGUGGUUUCGAUUUCGCUAAAUUACUUGAGAAAUUAAUUUCUUUUGAAAAAAAGAAAUUAGACGAUGAACGUCACGGUCUUGGAAAUGCAAAAUCUAGUGUAGUUUUGAUUAUUCCAUAUACAUCAUCUGUUUCUAAUACCGACAAGGAUUAUUGUAUAGAACAGAUAAGGCAGAUGCAGGAACAAAUACCAGAUACUAUGUUACUUAUAUUGACGCAUGGAUCAAUAGAUAGAUGGUCAGAUUUUGUAAGCAAUCCAACAACCGAUUUAUUUUCUACCACAUUUAUAGAUAAUAUGCAAGGAACUUCAACAAUUGUUGACUUAAUUUCGAGAAUAAAACAAGUUCCGCAGCGCUUAAUUAAUACGCAAUGUGGAGCCGAUUAUUCUGUUGUUGGAGCUUCCAAUUCAUUUAUCGAUUAUAUUGAACCAGAUACGAUGAUUAUUUAUAGAUUGCACCCGAAUUAUUUCUUCUCUAGCGAUAGUGAUCAUAUUUCUACGAUAAAAAUUGAAGGCUCUGGCUGGGGUGAUCUUAAAAUAUGUUCAUCGCGAUAUUUUAUUUCAAAUUUUAAUUCCACAGAAGAUACAAGUGUAUCAUGUACAUCAAUAAAUAGUAACAGUCAUACUGUCACAUUUUCUUGCAAUGAAGCUGGUUUGAUCCAUCUUUGCAGUUCAUUAUAUUUGUCGAUAAUUGCCAAUUCUUCAGUAACAAAUUACCAAUGUACAGAUACAGAGGUAUGUAGAUUCCCCAACAUGAUAAAAUAUACCAUUUCUUAUGAGAAUUUGGUAUGUGUAAGUAGUGCACAUAUAAAUAUGCUGAGCAUAACUGUCCUACUCAUAAGCAUGAUUUAUAUCUUUUUAUAACAUACAAUACGAAAAUAUUAUAUAAAUUAACUUAUAAG